CUGACUAUAUUUUCGAUCCUGUUCGCCAGCCAGCCACCAGAAAAACAUAACACCGCGACCUUGUUCGCCAGCCGAGUGCCAUCUGCUGGCCACGCCCCCCACCACUCUGGUAAACAGAAACACCAGCCAUGGCCGGCGUGAGACUGCUCGUCUCUUCGGCCACGAAAUUCGCUUUCCCUUCUGCCAGGAGCAGACAUUUCGAUACCUUCCUUGGUGUGGCAUUUCGGCCCUACAGUUGCCUCGGAUCCUGUGUGACGGCGAGGAAAAGUGUAGGUGCAACCUGUUUGCCUUCAAAAGAAACUACUGUUCCUUUGCACGUGAGAUGCUACAGCGACGACAGACCAUCGCAGAUGCAAUUUCCUCUGCUCAUGGAGUACCCGCAGCUGCUCUGGCCCAGUGUGUUCAAAGUGUUCAAGAACUGGAUCAUGGCUAAAUUUGUGAUCACUCCCUAUUUUGAUAAGGAUUUCAAUUUAAAAGAGUUUGGUGAAGCCUCACAGCAGGCUGUGGAACACGUCUCCAAACAGUUGUCAAAGAAUGACUUGGACAGCUUAGUGGGUUUAGUCGACAAAGAUGCGCUUUUGGAAAUUAGGAGUAGCCUUUCGAGAUUUUCUGUACAACAACUCUCAGAUCUUGCUAUCAACAAGGAAGAUAUUUAUUUUUGUUUCCCUUAUGAGGUCGGAGUGAUGUUCGAUGAGGAAGAAGAAAGUCAGAGGCGUUACGUAGAAAUUACGAUGGUCUACUUCUUGAUGAAAGGUUUGUCAGACUACAAAGCUCAGCAUGGCCACCCUCCGGAUUUCCAAGAAAUGAGGUCGCCAGAGUGUCAGGAAAAGCUUUACGUCCUGAACUAUAGGUUCAUCAGGGAGUUCACCAAAGGCGUGCCACCCGAAUGGACGAUCAACGUUUUAAAUCACUACAAAGGACGACCCAACUGAAUCCUUCGCUCUUGUUAAAGACUGCUUUUGGCGUGUGUGAAUUGUGAACAAUAAUUCACAUGGGUUUUUAAUAAUACAAGAAAGGCAGGCUUAUUGUUUGUGUAAAAUAUAGAUUCAUUAGGUGUAAAAUAAACUAUGUUUUUCAUCAAA